AUGAGGCUCCGGAAGCUGCCCGACUCCUUCUUCAAGCCACCCGAGCCCAAAUCUCACUCCCGACAGGCCAGUACCGACGCGGGCACCGCCGGGGCGCUCACUCCGCAGCACGUGCGGGCCCACUCGUCCCCCGCGUCCCUGCAGCUGGGGGCCGUGUCUCCGGGGACGCUGACCCCCACGGGAGUGGUCCCCGGCCCGGCAGCCGCACCGGCCGCUCAGCACCUUCGACAGUCUUCCUUUGAGAUCCCUGACGAUGUGCCUCUGCCAGCCGGCUGGGAGAUGGCGAAGACAUCUUCCGGUCAGAGGUACUUCUUAAAUCACAUAGAUCAGACGACGACCUGGCAGGACCCCAGGAAGGCCAUGCUCUCCCAGAUGAGCGUCGCCGCCCCGACCAGCCCACCAGUGCAGCAGAACAUGAUGAAUUCGGCCUCGGGUCCUCUUCCUGAUGGAUGGGAACAAGCCAUGACUCAGGAUGGAGAAAUAUACUAUAUAAACCACAAGAACAAGACCACCUCUUGGCUAGACCCCAGGCUUGACCCUCGUUUUGCCAUGAACCAGAGAAUCAGUCAAAGUGCUCCAGUGAAACAGCCACCCCCGCUGGCCCCCCAGAGCCCGCAGGGAGGCGUCCUGGGUGGCGGCAGUUCCAACCAGCAGCAGCAGAUGCGGCUGCAGCAGCUGCAGAUGGAGAAGGAGAGGCUGCGACUGAAGCAGCAAGAACUGCUUCGGCAGGCAAUGCGGAAUAUCAAUCCCAGCACAGCCAAUUCUCCAAAAUGUCAGGAAUUAGCUCUCCGUAGCCAGUUACCAACACUGGAGCAGGAUGGUGGGACUCAAAAUCCAGUAUCUUCUCCUGGGAUGUCUCAGGAAUUGAGAACCAUGACGACCAAUAGCUCAGAUCCCUUUCUUAACAGUGGCACCUACCACUCUCGCGACGAGAGCACAGACAGCGGACUAAGCAUGAGCAGCUACAGCGUCCCUCGGACCCCCGACGACUUCCUGAACAGUGUUGAUGAGAUGGAUACAGGUGACACUAUCAACCAAAGCACCCUGCCCUCCCAGCAGAACCGUUUCCCAGACUAUCUUGAAGCCAUUCCUGGGACAAACGUGGACCUCGGAACCCUGGAGGGAGAUGGGAUGAACAUAGAAGGGGAGGAGCUGAUGCCUAGCCUGCAAGAAGCUUUGAGCUCCGACAUCCUCAACGACAUGGAGUCUGUUUUGGCUGCCACCAAGCUAGAUAAAGAAAGCUUUCUUACAUGGUUAUAG